GGGGGUACAGCUGAUGCCCCAGGAGGCAGUUCUUCCCCUAGGGGACGCCUUGCCGGCCAGUUGCGUGCCCCGUGCUGUUGUGUAACCACGAGGGUGUGCCAAGCCCCACCCGGCACCAGUAUAAGUAGCCAUGACCGAGGCUCGAGGCAUCUCCGGGCGUGCGGAGGAGACGCGGGGUCCACCAUGGAGCUGGCCGGAGCUGUUACCCUCCUCAUGGUCGUCUACGUGUCCUGCCUCCUUGCUGUGGCAGCUUGGAAGAGGAAAUCCCGCCUGGGCAACCUGCCCCCCGGGCCCACUCCCCUGCCGGUGAUCGGGAACUUCCUGCAGAUCAAGACAGGGAAAACCUUCAAGUCCCUGGAGAAGCUGCAGGAGAAGUACGGCCCCGUGUUCACCGUCUACUUCGGCCUCAAGCCCAUCGUGGUGCUGUGCGGGCACGAGGCGGUGAAGGAGGCGCUGGUGGACCAUGCCGAGGAGUUCAGUGGCAGGGGAGAAAUGCCCACGGUGGAGAAGAACUUCAAUGGCUUCGGCGUGGUCUUCUCCAACGGGGAGCGGUGGAAGCAGCUGCGCCGGUUCUCGCUCACCAUCCUGCGCAACUUUGGCAUGGGCAAGAAGAGCAUUGAGCAGCGGAUCCAGGAGGAGGCCCAGUUCCUGCUGGAGGAGUUCAGGAAGACGGAAGAGAAACCCUUCGACCCCACCUACCUCCUGAGCAAGGCCGUGUCCAACGUCAUCUGCUCCAUCGUCUUCGGCAACCGCUUCGACUACGAGGACAAGGUCUUCCUGUCGCUGAUGCAGAUGAUGAACGAGAGCUUCCGGGAGAUCAGCACGGCGUGGUCCCAGUUCUACGACAUGUACUCCAGCUUCCUCAAGUACUUCCCCGGGCCCCACACCAAAAUCUACGACAUCCUGGAGCAGAUGCGGGUCUUCAUUGCCGAGAGGGUGAAGAAGAACCAGGAAACCUUGGACCCCAACUCGCCCCGGGACUUCAUCGACUGCUUCCUGGCCCAGAUGGAGAAGGAGAAGGGGAACCCGGCCAGCGAGUUCACCCUCAAGAACCUGGAGCUGACCACCCUGAACCUGUUCUUUGCGGGGACGGAGACCGUGAGCUCCACGCUGAGAUAUGGCUUCCUGCUGCUGCUGAAGUACCCUGAGGUGGAAGCCAAAAUCCACGAGGAGAUUGACCGGGAGAUUGGGCAGAGCCGGGUCCCGGCGAUCGAGGACCGGAGCCACAUGCCCUACACGGACGCCGUCAUCCACGAGAUCCAGCGGGUCAGCGACCUCAUCCCCAUGAACGUGCCCCACAUGGUCACCCGCGACACCUGCUUCCGCGGCUACACCAUCCCCAAGGGCACUGAGGUCUACCCCAUGCUCAGCACUGUCCUGCACGACCCCCAGAAGUUCAAGAGCCCCGAGAGCUUUGACCCCAGCAACUUCCUGGACGAGAACGGCGCCUUCAAGAAGAACGAUGCCUUCGUGCCCUUCUCCUCAGGGAAGCGCAUCUGCCUGGGGGAAGCGCUGGCUCGCAUGGAGCUCUUCCUCUUCUUCACCACCGUGCUGCAGCGCUUCCGCCUGAAGCCCCUCGUGUCCCCCGAGCAGCUGGACACCACCCCGCAGGAGAGCGGCUUCGCCAACAUCCCCCCCUCCUACCAGCUCUGCAUGUGCCCUCGCUGACGGGGCGCCUGGGGCUGAGGCCUGGCCCUGGCUGCCACCCCUGCACCCGGGCUGGGGGCUACUCGCGGCAGCCCCAGGGCUGCUCUAGCUCCUGCUCUGCCCUCUCUGGGGUGUCGCUACAGCCAGGUUCACUCCAGUCCCUCCCCCGACCCACCCCUGUGAGCCUGGGGGAGAAACCACAGCCCAGAGCACCCCCAGCCAUGCCCAGGUCCAUCCCCAGUGCCAGGGGCUGGGUGCAGGGCCUGGCCGUGCCUCGGCUUUGGCUGUCUCCCGGCCCUGCUCCAGCCAGACUUCAGGGCCUCAGCUCCAACCCAGUUCAUUCCUUGCUCCUGAUUCACACCGGGGUGAGCCUGACCCAGAAGGAGCAGGUGUGCAGUGCAUCACCGUGUGCACACACAUGCAAACAUACAUGCACAUGUGCACACACAAGCGUUGUGUCCUGGCCUAUCCGCUGGGAGGCGUCAGGGAGCCCCAGGAGAUGGGAGACUUGCCUGGGGCUUUGCCACCUGCUCCUUCCCUCCCUCCACCUGGGGCAUGGCCAGCUGGAGCAGUCCUCGCCCUCUGGUAGUUCCCAGCAGCCCCUGGCAGCUUGUUAGUGCCUCCCCACUCAGCUUUGCUCUUUUAAUUGCUUCCAGAUGCGAUCAGGACCAGAAGCAUCCGUUCGCGGUUGUCUGAGUUGUGUGUGUGCCCCCCGUCCCCAUUACAGAAUAAAAGCCAGGGCUGGAUUGCA